GGGGAAGAAGAAGAAAAUAGAAAAGGAGAUGAGGGAAAAGAAAACACAGAAAAUGUAGGCGUGUUUGGUUGCAAGAAUAUAAAUCGCGUGAAUUUAGAUGGAUUGUCGCACUACACUUGCAACCAAACGAGUCCACACAAAUCCUUUCCUAUGUGUUUUCGGCACACACAUUCAAUGAGAGUUGAGUGCAGUUUCAUCAAUUUUGUCUGAUUACUUACCCAGUUACUUCUUCCAACUGUCUGAUUAAUAAAAAUCAAAUCUUUUAACUUCGCCACAAUUAAUCUCUUCUUUAUUUUGAUAAAUUUACCUGAAAUAACUUCAUCAGCUACUACCUACAACAUAGCAACUACUUUCUUGAAAUUAGUAAGCUUUAGCCUUCAGCAUCCGAGAUCUCGAAACCACUUUCAAUUUUGGUGAGAAAUCUUCAUUUUUGCCCUGUUAUCUUGAUAUUUUUCUCUUUUUCUUAGUAAAGAUUGAAUUUUUAGCAAUUUUGUAUUAGGAUUUUAGCUAGUUUUGCUGUGGUGUAGACAAAAGCAGCUUCUUGAUUUUUGUAUGUUUGUUUGUUUUUGUAUGUGAAAUUAGAGUUAGGCAAAGUAGAGUAGUUUUGAUUAAUUUGUAGUGUGGCUUUGAACUUCUCCAAUUUCCUGCUAUCUCUAGCUAAAGUAUGUAUUUUUAUCUUAUUUUUGUGUGAAUUGCCUCCGAAAAGGAAUAUGAGAUUAGGGUUUCUUUAGUGUUUCACUUUGAUUAGCUAUAAUUCUGUUGUUUGCUUCCAAAAAAGGUUAGGGUUUGGAUAUUAACAUUCAUUUCUUGAUGUAAGUUAUACUUUGGGGAUACAUUUGUUUGUUGUGGGGGGAGGGGGAGUUUUUGAUCUUGAUCUUCUUGAAAAUGGAUUAUCGUCGUGAGAAUCGAUUAUCUAGUGGCGAUGUGGUUCAUGUUCUAUCCGGGAGCUCCCGGAAUCCUGUCAACGAGAGUUGGGAACCCGGGUUCGUUGAUCAAGCAGUUUGGGCCACAGAGGAUGACUAUGGGAUGUGGAAUGGAGAAGGCUCUUUCGACACCAAUUCAAACUCGAGCUAUGAUGGGGCUCGUUCAGGAAGUGAACCACCGAAUAAGAGAUCAAGGGGUUCCAAUUCAGGAGACGGGGCAGCUUCUAACCGGUCAAAGGCUAUUGGAAAGAUGUUCUACAAAACCAAACUGUGUUGCAAAUUCCGGGCUGGGACUUGUCCGUACAUCACCAACUGUAAUUUCGCGCACAGUGUUGAGGAGCUCAGAAAACCACCGGAUAAUUGGCAAGAAAUCGUGGCCGCACAUGAGGAGGAACGAGCAUCAUCAUCUGAACCAAGGGAGGAGUUUCAGAUCCCGAUUGUUGGGGUCAGUGAUGAGACGCAGAGGUCUUAUAAAGGAAGGCACUGCAAGAAGUUCUACACCGAGGAAGGCUGCCCUUACGGGGAGAACUGCACUUUCCUUCACGACGAGCAGUCCAAGGCCCGAGAAAGUGUGGCCAUAAGCUUGGGCCCGGGCAGUGGCAAUGGCAACGGCAAUGGCAAUGGCGGUGGCAGUGGAUAUGGUGCCAGUGCGAGUGGACCAACCUUGAAGCCUUCGAAUUGGAAAACGAGGAUUUGUAACAAAUGGGAGCUUACUGGAUACUGCCCUUUUGGAAGCAAAUGCCACUUUGCUCACGGUGCUGCAGAACUACACAACUACGGUGGCGGGGCAACGGACUCGGAAGCUAAAGAUCCAUCAACUCCGGACGCCAAACAGCCUGUGAGAACAUCGGUAGAUAGUGGCGUUGCAGCUCUUCCUCACGCCGAAGGCUAUCAUAUGGGAAUCCCUCCCCAGAGGCUGUCCAACGCGAUACAGAGAACCGGAACGAGACCUAAUCAAAAAUGGAAAGGCCCGGAUAAGAUCAGCAAGAUCUACGGUGACUGGAUUGACGACCUCUAGUGGACAGAUGUCGGUUUCUUUGCUGAAUAGAAGGUAGUAAUAAGAAGACUGCGUCGCAUCUUGUCUCUGCUGUUGUAUCGGAUGGAGAAUAAAGAGCACGUGCACGUGCACGUGCCCGGUGCUCGUCUCUCGCUGUCUGGUUUUUGUAUUUCGUAGCAUUUUAUACCUUUCUUAACUGUUACAAGAUUGUGUUUCUGCUGUUUCUGAACAUGUGUACUUGUUGGAAAUUUUCCAUAUGCUUGUUUGGAAUUAGUUUUUUAUUCUA